AACUGCUACAGCUGCUAACAUGCUACAAGAAGCUGCUCAGGCUAGCUACAGUAUGCUAGCUGCUGUAACAGUCCGUUCGGCAAUAGUCGUCUCUUUCCGUCACGGCCCCGAAGUAUCGCGGCGAAGCCCCGGCCGCCAUUGGCUCCAACCGUCUGCCCGCCGGAGGGAGGGAAAAAGAGGCGGGGGCGAGCAGGUCAAUGACGGCAGAAGCCGUGUUGACAGUUGAGAGCCGACACAGCCCACAACUGGGACUCCCACACAGGCCUACCUACAUCUGAGACGGCAUCAAUGUGUGGAGGGACCGAGGGGCAGCGAGAAAUCGCGUACGUUAGCGCCGCCGGCGGGAUGUUACGGGCCGGGUGCGGACUGCGUGACAAGACGGCGCGGCGUCGAGGCGGAGCGGACGCGCCGAGCGGCACCAGUAGCACAAGUAAAUAAAUAUAUGGGCGAACUCUCUACGGGCAGUUCCUGGGAACGCGACGUAUAUCGGAAAGGAAGACCGGGCCAGUGAAUUCCUGGAAACGCGGAUAGCCCAGGAUGGGAAAUGCGGCGCUGGAAGGCAGCCUGGGCUUUUCUUCUCCUAAGUUGACGCUCUGACUUUCGGCUUCGGGCGGCGUGCAGGAGGCUCGUGUGCCAGUGAGCCUCCAUCCGUCUUGCACGUUUGACAGAUAGCCAAUCAAAUCUGUUAUUCAAAUCGCCGCUCUUAUGUCAAUGACCUAUAUCCCGGGCAUGAACGCCGGAACCCAGCAGUAGCCUCUCCUCCAGUCCAGACAGCAUGGGGACCAACGGGCUAGAGAGCCGCGCGCAGCCGUCCGCCGAGGUGUCCCGGACGGAGCAGCCGGCUGCGGAGCCUCAGACGGAGCCGAGAGAGGCUCCCCCGGAGGCGGGCGGCGGCGACUGUAAAAUCGCGAAGGAGGACAGCGUCGCGCAGCUGAUCGAGGGGGAGCCCAAGCCUGCCCUGUGCGGCUCUCGCGAUGCCGAAGCCGGGGCGCAGCUGCAGAUGCACGGCCAGGGUCCCGGAUUCGUCCCGCCAGAGGGGGGCUGGGGCUGGCUGGUGGUUUUCGCCGCAACCUGGUGCAACGGGUCCAUUUUCGGGAUCAUGAACUCUUUUGGCAUCCUUCACACGAAGCUGGCGGAGGAGCACCAAGACCUGGAUGAGAAAACGUCCCAGUUCAAAGUGGCCUGGGUCGGGGCCCUGGCCAUGGGCAUGAUCUUCUUCUGCUCCCCCGUGGUCAGCAUGUUCACGGACCGCUUCGGCUGCAGGAAGACCGCUGUCAGCGGGGCGGCCGUGGCGUUUAUAGGGCUUCUCACCACGUCGUUCGCAAACUCUUUAAUCCUUCGCUACUUCACAUACGGGAUCUUGUUCGGCUGCGGCUCCUCCUUUGCCUUCCAGCCGUCGUUGGUGAUCCUCGGGCACUACUUCCGGCAGCGACUGGGCCUGGCCAACGGUAUGGUGACGGCCGGGGCCAGCCUCUUCUCCAUGGCGCUGCCCGUUUUUCUCAACAAAUUGCUCGGACCUCUGGGUCUAAGCAGAACCUUCCAGAUUCUCAGCCUCUUCAUGCUGGUCCAGGCCCUGCUGGCGUUUACGUUCAAGCCUCUGCUUCCCAGCGGGGGAGGCAUGGGGCCACCGGGGAUGGACCCCGGCCCUGCUGAAAGCCAGACCCCCCAGGCCACGGCUCAGGGGAUGAGUAAGUGGAGCAGGGCCGUCGCUGGAGUUAGGAAGUACUUCAACCUGCGUGUGUUCCACAUCGUGACGUACCGGGUGUGGGCGUUUGGAGUGGCGACAGCUGUGCUGGGAUACUUUGUCCCAUAUGUCCAUCUGAUAAAGUUUACGCAGGAGAAGUUCAAAGGGAACGAAAAGGAAUGGCUGCUCCUGGUUUGCAUCGGCGCGUCGUCGGGGGUGGGACGACUCGGCUUCGGGAAGAUCGGGGACCUCAUUCCUGGGCUGGGGAAGAUCUACAUGCAGGUGGCGUCCUUCAUGGCUCUGGGCCUGAUGUCCAUGAUGAUUCCCCAGUGCUCGGCGUUCGAGGCGCUGGCGGUGGUGUGUGUGUUCCUGGGGCUCUGCGAUGGCUGCUUCCUCACCAUGAUGGCUCCCAUCGCCUUUGACCUGGUUGGUCCCAUGCAGGCCUCACAAGCGAUAGGCUACCUUCUGGGCCUCAUGUCCCUCCCGAUGACGGCGGGUCCACCGAUUGCAGGUCUUCUUCAUGACUACUUUGGCGACUACACCGUGGCUUUCUCCCUGGCUGGGGUACCUCCUAUGGUUGGGGGCGUGGUGCUCUUCUUUGUGCCCCUGAUCCACCGCAGGAUCCAGCGAAACCAAGCGUCGCCCGAGGAGACGUCGACCACGGCCCACAUGCUGCCCACCACCCCACCUACUGGGGAACCCAAGAGCUGCUCCAACGGAGACAUCCUGCCUGGUUACACAGAUGUAGAGACACACAUCUGACCCACGUCUUACAAAGGGAUUCAGCCCACCAGCACUUUUUUCAUCCUCAGAUCGCCUGCCUCUUUCACAGGAAGUCUCCCCUUUGGACUUCGUUCUGAUGUACCUUUAAUCUCUCAUCCUUCCAAAUCUGUGCUGGCUUUUUUUUUUUUUUUUAUCCUCUCUGUUUUUUGUUUUUUUUUACGUGCAAAAAUUAAGUUCAGAAAGUGCGCCAGCUGAAACCUGCACAGAGCGCUGGAUGAGAAAACAAAUUACAGACUGUAAGCAUUUUUUUUUAUAUCAGAACUGUGUAGAAACACAAACCUCCAAUGGGAAGAGGAAAAACUGAGAGAUCAGCAGAUUUUUCUACAACAAUUACCUUAAAAUCAUACUUUUUUCUGAAAAUAAAGCCUUUUUUAGCUUUUUUUUUAAAAAAGGCCUUCCUGGGUAGGCAUUGUAGACAAGGGAUAGAUUUUAACGUUUCUUUUUACAGUUCCUCAUACAUUUAGGUUUAGAACACAUGCAUUUUAUUUAGUUUGCGUCGCCUAAACAGUCUCACAUUCAUGGAUUUGUAGUUUUGAUGCCGUCAGCUUUAUUCUGCAGCUCCCGCUUUCUGAGAGACGCCCUCAUCUCUCCCAGACUUCAUCAGCUAAACGCGCCAUUCCUCUCUAGAUGAGCCACUAAACACAAUCACCUCAAAUUAGCUGCGGACAACCGUUAGGUCCUGACCUAGAAACAGGUGGGGUCAGAAACGUCAGCAGAACGGCUUCAUCUCCUCAUCCGGGAGACAGAUGUGUAGAUCUGGCAGCUGUUAGUAUGUUACCUUUUUUUUUAUCGACUCUCUGACUUCAGUUUUGAUCAGUUUUUCCUUCUCAGUGCAUGGGUACAAGUGUAGUUUUACAGUCAAAGCUAAAAAAGGUUAGGCAUCUGCUGCCAGAGUUGAUGAAAAUUAGACGUAAGAUCUUGUUAAUAUCUAAUCAUCAAAGCUUCAGUUGUCUAAGCCUUUUCGAGUUUAACAGGGUGCUAGGCCAAUCCGCAUUCACCGUGCUUCUUAUGGCUUUGAAAAUAAUCGACCGUAACUUUCUCUUGCUUUCAAACUGUUUUAGUGUAAAUAAUUGGAAUGAUGCAGUUUUUAAGAGAGACUCGAUGCUUCUUUUUACGAUCUUUUUUUUUUUUGUUGUAAAUGUGCACACACACACAUUAGUUCAGUUCCUAGAGACAGCUGAGCCACAAUAAAAUGACUGAUAGGUCAGUAUAUAACACUAA